GAUUUUCAAUGCGUGCAAUUGCUCGAGAUAUGAAUAUUGCACAUUCAACUGUAGUAAGAUUAAUUAAAAAAGCUACAGAAACUGGAAAAAUUGAAGAUUUAAAAAGAUCAGGUCGUCCCAGAAUUUUGACACAAGAGGAUGAAGAAAGGAAAAUUGAAUUGAUAAAUUCUGGAGAAUGUGAAACUGCAACUGAAGUGCAUUCAAAAUUUAGAGAAUAUUUUAAUAGUAAAGAAAAACAAAAAUUAUGGGAAAGAGUAAUAGAAAUAUGGAAUGAAAUUGGAUGGAAUACAAUAAAUAAGUUGUAUGAAUCAAUGUCUAAAAGAAUUGCUGCUAUAAUAGAAGCUAAAGGUGGUUAUACAGAAUAUUAG